AUGAGAGCAUCAUCAAAUCUGUAUCGAGAGUGUAUCCUACGGGACCCCAUCUUGCUUGCAUAUGGCAUCUAUGGAACAACGUAUAAGAAAUACAAAAAGAGUCAUUCAAAGUUGAGCGAGAUAUACUUCUCGAUGGAGAAAGCAUACACUCAGGAUGAAUUUGAUAGUCUAAUGGAAAAGGUGGAGAAGGUAGAUAUUCGGGUAAAAGAAUACUUGGGAUUAGCUGCGUACGAAAAGUGGGCUAGGUUGUAUGCACAUGUUAACCGGGGAUGGACCAUGACGUCAAAUAUUGCUGAAUCAAUCAAUGCCGCACUUGUAUCAGCAAGAGAAUUGCCAAUAUACGACUUCCAAAAAGAAGUUAGGAAGAUGUUUGGACGUUGGAAUUGCAGCAAUCGGAAGGAAGCUUCACACACUUACACAACGCUUGGGAAAAAAUACCAAGAGAUGCUUACUUUGAAUGAGGCAAUGUUUACACGUUGUACAUCGACUGAACAGUUGCAUAAGGUGAACGAUGAAGGAAGGCAUUACACUGUUUGCCUCCUAGAGAAAAAGUGCAGUUGUAGGCGGUUCCAAGUUGACGAAUUACCAUGCCCACAUACUUGGGCUGUCUUGAAAAGCAAGUUUCUAAUGCCGGAAGAUUAUUGCUCGGACUAUUACAAACCAAAGUUUGUUGUAACGACAUACGACGUGCCGGUGUGUCCACUGCCUGACCGAAGUGAACGGAAUAUACCAGCACAUAUAUCAGAGAAAGUUGUCUUACCACCCAAAUGGAAAAGACCUCUUGGAAGGCCAAAGAAGAAACACGAUAAGCCGUUCAGUGAAUUAUUUCAGAAGAAAAAUCAACAUUCGUGUAGUAUAUAUGGUCAGGGAAGACAUAAUAAGCGUAAUUGUAGAAAUGCUCCCACGUAG